ACAACAUAUUUUACAUGUAAUAUCAAUUUUAAGUGUGGCAAUGCAGUGAUUUACACUGGUUUAACCAGAUUGAUCUUCAAAAUUGAUUUUUAGCUCAAUCAAUGCAGUUUGAGUCUAUGGGCUGGGCUUAGAUUGCACAGGAGACUGUAAACCCAUCAGAUAUUUACCUUUAGGAAUAAUCAAAUUGUAGCUCAUCCAACAGACUAACAUUUCCAGUGUAAGUUCAUAGACAAAACAAACUAGGGCCCUGCCCUUGUAGUCGGAUCCAUGUAGGAGGAUCCUUAUGCUUGUAUGGGUCCAGUUGCAGGAUCAAGCCUGCAGCCUGUUAGAUCCCCCCCCCCCGCCUUUUUUAUCUUUAUGAGCAGUCUUAAGUCUUUGUCCCCAUUAAAAAGGGUUUCCCUGUAUAGCUAUACCAGCUAAUCCUCCUUGUGUAGGCAAAGUUUAUACCAGCAAAAGAUUUCUUUUGUCAGUAUGGCUUAUACCAGUUCUCUGAACAAAAUAAACUGUAUAUACUGUAUAUAAUAAACUGCUAUACUCGUGUUUGCUAUCAGGCUAUAUUAGGUUAGGGGUGUUUCCCCUCUCCCCCUCCAUCCCAUUUUCCUAAGUGACAUAGUUAUGUGAGCAAACUUUUAACUUUAGACUAGUUCUUAAAGAACAAAGGUGGGGCUAGAAAGCAAAUUGUAACAGCUCAAGAAAGGGAUUAUAUUCUUAAAUUUAACUUCUGCAGGUACAGCUAGAAGCUGAAGUAAAUAAUGCACCAAUGAUUGAGUAUUGCCAGGCUUUCUUAACUCAAUGACAUCUGUGCCAAUGAUACCAGAAUCUUACAGCCAUGUAUUGGCAGAACUUGAGUGUUUGGAUCCAUUGCUUUCUGCACUCAGGUUGGAUUCUAGCCGUCUGAAGUGCACAUGUAUAGCUGUGUCUCGGAAAUGGCUGGCUCUGGGCAGUUCAGGAGGGGGAUUAAACCUGAUUCAAAAAGAUGGUUGGAAACAGAGGCUGUUCCUCACUCAUAAGGAAGGUGCCAUUUCCCGGGUUGCCUGUUGUUUACAUGAUGAAGAUUAUGUUGCUGUUGCCACCAGUCAAGGCCUUGUAGUUGUCUGGGAACUCAAUCAGGAGCGUCGUGGAAAGCCAGAGCGGAUUUAUGUUUCCACUGAGCACAAAGGCAAAAAAGUCACAUCUCUUUGUUGGGAUACAGCCGCACUUCGAGUUUUUGUAGGAGAUCAUGUGGGAAAAGUGUCUGCUAUCAAGAUUAAUACAUCCAAACAAGGGAAGGCAGCUGCUGCUUUUGUGAUGUUUCCAGUUCAGAUUAUAACCACUGUUGACUCCCGUGUAGUUCAGCUUGAUUAUUUGGAUGGAAGACUGCUUAUUUCUUCACUUACUCGCUCCUACUUGUGUGAUACUGAGAGAGAAAAAUUCUGGAAAAUUGGUAACAAAGAAAGAGAUGGAGAAUACGGCGCCUGUUUUUUCCCAGUUGGAAAGAGUUGUGGGAGCCAGCAGCCAUUAAUAUAUUGUGCACGUCCUGGGUCAAGGAUGUGGGAGGCGAACUUUGAAGGGGAGGUGCUAAGUACCCAUCAAUUCAAACAGCUGCUCUCAUCUCCUCCUCUCCCCGUUAUUACUCUAAGGUUGGAUCCUCAGUAUAAUACUUCUGCCUGCUCUCUCCAGUCUUUGUCUUUCCCAAAACUGUUAUAUUUGACCGAGCAUUGUGUUAUGACGUGGACAGAAAGAGGCAUUUAUGUCUUCAUUCCUCAGAACGUUCAAGUUUUACUUUGGAGUGAAGUAAAAGAUAUCCAGGAUAUAGCAGUGUACAGAAAUGAGUUGUUCUGUCUGCAUACGAAUGGAAAAGUCUCGCACUUCUCUCUUCUGCUAGUGGAGCGGUGUGUAGAACGUCUGCUAAGAAGAGGUUUCUGGAGUCUUGCUGCCAGAGUCUGCUGUCUUUUCCAGAACUCUAUUAUUUCCUGCAGAGCAAGAAAAUUUUUGCCUCUAGACAAACUAGAGCACUUGAAAUCACAGCUGGACCUCUCAACCCAAAGUGAUGUCAGUAGCCAACUGGAAGAAUUGAUAUCAAAACUGGAACCUUUAGAUUCUGCAUGCAGCAGCAGAAGGAGCAGUAUUUCAUCACAUGAAAGUUUCAGUGUCUUAGACUCUGGAAUUUAUCGUGUUAUUAGUCGAAGAGGCAGUCAGUCAGAUGAAGACGCUUGUUCCCUAAACAGCCAAACGUUGUCAGAAGAUGAGAGGCUUAAAGAGUUUACUGCACACCAGGAAGAAGAGCAGCUGGAGCUUGAAAACGUAUCUCAUACUUCUGUGGUGGUUGAGACUGAUCGGAAUGAGACUUUUCUCCCAUUCAGUAUUCCAUUGUCAUUUCGUUCACCAUCUCCUCUGGUCUCCCUCCAAGCUGUCAAGGAAAGUGUUUCCAGCUUUGUACGCAAAACCACUGAAAAGAUUGGCACCCUUCAUAUGAGUCCUGAUGUCAGAGUGAGGCAGGAAAUAAAAGAUGAUGAGGAGUCUCACGAAGUGACUGCUAGUAUAGCCACGCACUCCCAGGAAGAAGAUGAAAACGAAGUGGAACUACAGAGCCAGCCUCAAGAAGAGGAUCGGCUAAGAGAUCUCAAGGUAGCAACGACAGAAGCUAUAAACAAACUGCAAGAUCCACUGGUUUUGUUAGAACCACAAUGCUUGAGAGGAGUUUUGCAGGAGUGGUUUUUGUAUCUGGAAGAAACAUUUGGUUUCAAAGAGCCUUCCUUUUCAGGUGACUGCUUAUCCAUUAAGAAAGUUAAGAACGUGCUUGCUGAAGAACAGAGUGAGGUUUUAGAAGAAAAUAUUGCACCAGAGCAACACAGUGAAGAUCAUGUAGGCAAAGGACAGACAGAUGCCUUGCAAGGAAUUACUGAACAGGAUCAAAGUAGCGAAGCUCAUUUUGGCAGAGAAGUGUGUGAAAAUGAUGCCAAUUCAAAGGGAGCCUCAGGCCAUGUUUUUCAAAUGUAUCCUCCAUGUCUCAUAGCGCACGAUAUUCACAAGGACCUAAUGGAGUUGACAACAUUAUGUUUUGAAUUAAAUGUGUUUCCUUGCGAGAAUGGGAAUGCGGAAGAAAGUGCUGAACAGGAUUUACAGCGAACAAUGUCAUGGGUCUUGGCUUGCCAGUUCAUAAAGGACUAUUUCUUUCUCUUGGAUUUAAAAAGACUGAAGCGAUGUAUUACAAGCAAUUACACUAGCAGUCCCAGUGUUUGGGAAACUUACAUUGAGGGAUUGAAAGAACUGACUCACGCUAGUCCAGUGACUCUGGCAAUGGAAAAUGGAGAUAUGUUGAAAAUAUUAAAACUGUUAAAUGACUUGGGGCCCUGGGAUAGUCCUCUGUUAUUGGCACAUGCUCAAAGGCUCUAUGAAAAGUUUGGGGAAACAGCUAUAAGGCCCUUGGUCAAGUUCUACCCAUCAAUCUUGCCCUCUGACAUCAUGCAGCUUUGUAGACAUCACCCUGCCCACUUUUUAGCAUAUUUAGACAGUCUUGUUAAAUCAAAGCCAGAAGAUGAAAGGUCGUCCCUGCUUCAAUCUCUUCUUAAUCCUGAAGCGUUACGACUGGAUUGGCUGUGUCUGGCAGUUUCCCAUGAUGCGCCACAAAGAACAAAUACAGUGGAUUCUGAAGGAAACCCUAGACCACGUUCACAUUUGUUUACCUGGGGCUAUAGCCAACUGAUUUUGCUUCUGAUUAAACUCCCAGCUGAUUUUGUAACAAAAGAGAGGAUGGCUGACUGCUGCAAGUCAUAUGGCUUCUGGCCUGGAUAUCUCUCUCUGUGUUUGGAACUGGAUAGAAGAAUAGAAGUCUUUACUAAUAUUGUUCAUUUGGAUGAUAUGAACCUGUUGGAUGGAGAACAUGGCUCAAUUCCAGAGACCGUGGAAGAAUGGAAGUUCCUUCUCCAUCUUGCACAAAGUCACAGCACUGACCUCCACUAUCAUGGUACACAGAAUGGGAAUAAUAUCGGCCAUGGUAGCACUAAUUGGUCAAACUGCAUUACUGUUGAAAAUGUAGCUCUUUUGUUGGCUAAGGUAAUUGGCCCAGAUCGUGCCUUGCCAGUACUGCAGGAGUGUGAUUUGACGGCUGAAUUCUCUGAGAGAUUUACCAGGAUCUGUGAAAUACUGAGAAUUGCUGAAAAAAGGCAAAGAGCCCUGAUACAGUCCAUGUUGGAAAGGUGUGACCGUUUUCUGUGGUCUCAGCAGGCAUAGCAAAUAUUCCAGGAAACACUGAAAUGAAGUUGUGUACUGUGCAUCUUCUACAUUAAAUUGCCUCUUAAGUUUCAUCGUCUCUUAAAGAAACAAACUCUUGUCCACACAAUAAUGUAUGCAGCCACACUGCAUGAAAAUAGCACCUGAAUUGGGUUUUCUUCUACAACUCUUCCUAAAUAGUUUAAAACGUGCUUCUAAAACUGGUUUUAGAAAUUGUUAGGUUGAAAUAUUCCAAUGUUUAUGUUGAAAUUAAGACCACAAGUGUCUAACAGAUUUGUUUUUUUUACAAUAGGAUUAAAAGUGUUGAAUGAACUUGGUAAUAACUCUGCAUGAAUUAAAACAGUUGGUUAAAAGUACAGUCUUUUGAACAUUAAAUUAUGUUUGAAAAUAGUGUAUUUUGACUUCAGCUGCUUUUCUGUGGGUUGGUUAAGACGUAAAUUUCAAACAGAUUAAUUCUGUGUAUACUGCCAGCAUGAGCAGCCCCUGCUGGUAAAUGUUAAGACUCACCCAAACUGUUUUCCCCUUCUGACAUUCACUUAUGCCAAUAGCUGCAGUGAAUCCAUGCAAGAAUGCAGAUUUUUCCUUAAUUGUAUAGAAUAUCUAUUCUUUUGAUUUAUUUCUUGGAAUAGCUACAUCUUUAUCUUAAGAGCUAUGUAAAAUAAUGUUAUGGGGUAUUCAUUGCAUAGUGUUGAAAUAUGCAUUAAAUCUUUGAAAUACUCAUUUAUUAAUAGAACACUGAAAAGAAGUGUAAACACAGCAUUCGUAAAUUGUAUGAAUCUGUCAUGAGGUCAUCUUCAGAUAAAUUACCACACAAUGAACAUAUCUUUAGAUGUCAAUAUUUCAAAACUGAUUUUUGAUCUUUUUGGAAGAAAUGAUGUAACUGCAUACUUUUUUUUUUAUCUGAAAUUGCCUUAAAAAAAGUAUUUUAAAGGGAGGCUGUCAAGUUAAGAAUCAUAUUUUUUAAAAACCUUUACCUCUGUUAAGAUAAACAUUGGAUUAUUAAAACUGAAUAUUUAAAACACCCAGUUUUACUUAAUCAUUUGCAAAAACUAGCUUUAUACCUAUUCUGUUUACUCUGUGAACUUCCUAGAGCUUAGAUAGUGAAAACAGACAAGUGAGAUUUACUUUUGGUUUUAGCUUAUUUCAAUUUAGAGCCUCAUUUACUAGCACAAUCCUAUAAUAUUUAGGCAGUAGUCAAACCCCAAAGAACUAACUCCCAAUAAAAAAAUUUGUCAUUUUUUCCCUCGUACACCAACAUUUUGUGAGUAAAUUUAUUUGACAGUAUCCCUUUGAAAUAAGAGCCUUUAUAUGUUUUAUAUAUAUAUAUAUAUAUAUAUAUAUAUAUAUAUAUAUAUAUAUAUAUAAAAUAUAUAUUUAUAUAUAUAUAUAUAUAUAAAUAUAUAUAUAUAUUAUAUAUAUAUAUAGUUUUGUCUCCAUGGUUUGCUGCAUUCCAAAUUAAUGGUUUUGUUUUUAUUUUAUUUAAAAUUUAAUUAUUUUUUGGUCAAUGUGAAUUUUAUCUGUGAAGUUUGGUCUGAUAUAUAAAACUACAGUUGGAUGGGUAACCUCUUUGUCUCAAUUGUUAGUACGAGUCACUCCCUUAUGGUGGAGUGUUUCAUAACUCUUCUGGUGUGGGAAUAAAUGUCUACAGAAAUAGGCCCAGUGGCAGGAAUUUCAAACCUUAAGGUUCCUGUCUCUGAAAAGCCAACGAAACGUCCUCUUUCAACUUUAGUUUUUCCUGGGGUUGAGAUUUUCAGCUGAAGUUGGGAAAACAGCACAAAUGUGCCAUCCUAUACCUUCAGGCACACCAUGUCUUAUUUAUCAUAGGUGUAAAAAGGAUUGGAAGUCAGGUAGUCCUCUGUCGUCCUAACUUUGGUAUUGAUAUGCCAUGAGGCUUAGAACAAAUCACUUUACCUUUCUGUGCCUGUUUCCCUACCUCUGCAAUGAGAACACUUCUACCUCAUGUGGGUGUUAGAAUUAAUUAGUUCAGUUUUAUACAGCACUUCAAAGAAGUAAAGAUCUAUAUAAGUGGAAGAAUCAUCUGUCUCAGGAAAAUACAUAAUCAAUGCUCUUUGUCAAAAGUCUAGUGAAAUAUUUUCAGUUUAGAGGAUAAACAGCUGAAAGCUUUGUGUACAUAAUAACCUUUAUUUUAAAACGCACAAUUAACAAUGCUGACUUUUACGAUAUAUUACAAACGUUCUUUCAAAGAGCUUGUUUUUCCUUUUGCAUAGCGCUGUUCAUAUUAACCAGUUCAACAACAAUAUUUAAGUUUAUUGCACCUAAAAUAAACUUGUAUUCAUGGUUUCAACUAAUUUUAAGAGAUUUCAAUAAAAAAGAAAAGUGUUUA